CCUUUCUCUCCUAUUAUAAGCUGAAGCUCUGAAACCAAACGCCACCCACACUCAACCUCAAAUCAAAAAUUUCAGAUUAACUGAAGACCGACGGUUAGAGCAUCCAUCCACCUACUAUUCCGUUUCUUCUAUAGCAAUCAUCCUCUUUUCAAUUUUAUUUGCAAUCUUUCGUUUCAACUUUUCAACUUCUGUCUCUGCGAUUCUGAUUCAGAAUGAGCUGGUGGUGGGCUGGUGCAAUCGGCGCUGCCAAGAAGAAAUUUGACGAAGAUGAGGCGCCGCGAAGCUACCAGAGUGUGGGACUGGUGGUCGGGGUGACGGGAAUCGUGGGGAAUAGCCUGGCCGAAAUCCUGCCGCUUUCUGACACCCCCGGUGGCCCAUGGAAAGUAUACGGUGUGGCGCGGCGGCCAAGGCCGAAUUGGAACGCCGAUCACCCGAUCGAGUACAUCCAGUGUGAUGUAUCCGAUCCGGCGGAUACAGAAGCCAAGCUAUCCCAGCUCACCGACGUUACACACGUCUUCUAUGCCACCUGGGCCAACCGAUCUACCGAGGAAGAGAACAUCGAAGCCAACGGCGCCAUGCUCCGCAACGUGCUCCGGACGGUGAUUCCCAACGCGCCCAAUCUCCGACACAUCUGUCUCCAAACGGGGACCAAACACUACAUCGGACCCUUCGAAUUGUUCGGAAAGAUCGAGUCCCAUGAUCCGCCUUUCACGGAGGACUUACCCAGGUUAAACGCGCCCAAUUUUUACUACACUCUGGAGGAUGUUCUGUUCGAAGAGGCGGAGAAAAAGGAGGGUUUGACGUGGUCGGUCCACCGACCGGAUGUGAUAUGGGGGUUUUCUCCUUACAGCAUGAUGAACCUCAUAGGCACUCUCUGUGUCUAUGCCGCAAUAUGCAAGCACGAAAGGAAACCACUGUUAUUUCCCGGCAGCAAAGCCGCCUGGGAAUGCUACUCGAACGCAUCGGAUGCGGAUUUGAUCGCGGAGCACCAGAUAUGGGCAGCAGUGGAUCCUUACGCGAGGAACGAAGCAUUUAAUGUACACAACGGAGACGUGUACCGGUGGAAGCAGUUGUGGAAGGUGCUGGCGGAGCAAUUUGGGAUAGAGGAGUAUGGUUUCGAGGAGGGAAAAAAUCUGGGGUUGUCAGAGAUGAUGAAGGGAAAAGAGAGAGUGUGGGAGGAGGUAGUGAGGGAGAAUCAGCUGCAGGAGACCAGCUUGGUGGAGGUGGGUGGCUGGUGGUUCGUGGAUUGGGUGCUGGGAGGCCAGGCACCGCUAGCAAGCAUGAACAAGAGCAAGGAGCAUGGGUUCUUGGGGUUCAGAAACUCCAAGAAUGCGUUCAUUUCUUGGGUUGAUAAGAUGAAGGCUUAUAAAAUUGUGCCUUAGGAAAAAUGGGGUUUUUGUUGUUGUGUCUGUUUGGUCAAAAAUAAGGAUUGUAAAUUUGGGAAAAGAUUGAGGGGAGAGUAAGGGAAGCCCUGUGUGUUGUUUCUGGGAUUUCCUUGUAAUGGCAUGUUUGGUUGAAGAGAUAAAGUGCAUUUGUGGUCCGUUUCAUGGCAAAGGCUAAAUUCGCUUCUUUCGAUUUUUGAUAUUUUUCCCACCUUUUAAGACGGCAAAAAUUUUCCCACUGGGAAUCAAUUACAAAAGUUUCAAGUUUCAACUUUCAAGAUUUGGUAGAAAUGAAGGAGAGAAAGGAGUUAGGCAAGGGGAUCCCUUAUCUCUAUACAUUUUUGUGGUAUGCAUGGAGGUUCUUUCUUGUAUGUUGAACAAAGUUGCUGAGGAAGGAAAAUUUGCUUAUCACCCUAAAUGCAAAAAUGUGCAACUCACACAGUUAUGUUUGGGUGAUGAUCUCAUGAAAU